AUGAUUGCCGAUACGCCUCUCCUCGCCAUGUUCAAGAACUCCCUCCGCAGCUUCGACACCGUCGCUGACAUUCGCCCUUACCCUGCGAAGCCAACUGCGCCUCUCACCUGCACCGCCGUACCGGCCCUGCUUCAGCCGGCGACGGUGUUCGAGAACGCCGAGCUGAAGCUCAGGAUCCAGUACCUCGAGGCUGCAGCGGCGAAGGCAGAGGAUGGCGCGGAACGACUCGGACGUGAUCUCUCU